AAUGACACUCAGGGCGCCUCAGAACCACUGUGGUGGUGUUGACUCAUAGACCAGGCACUCGGUGCGCCGUGUGGUCAUUCAUCAGGAGCUCCAGCAGCCCCCCGCCAGCCUGAACUUCCAGAAACCACGGGAAGUGGGGGACAGAAAACAGGAAAAACCGCGAGAGAAGUUGUACGGAUCAGCAUAUUGCAGUUUGUCAGAUCACCCAGCUCCCGUUUAGACCAGGACAUGGUUGGUAAAAUCUAAGACUCUUUGAAGACGUCAGAGACAUUCUUGGUGAAGUGAAAGAGCGGGACUGGCAACUUACACUUUAGAGCAGGAAGUAAAUUAUCUCAAAGAGACAUCCUCUACUGGGCAGAGCAGACGACAGCCAUUUUAAGUAGCGCUGCGCCGCACUUGCACCUGUGUCCAAGCUUGUUCUAAUCAAAGGGGGUGAUGUCGUUUUAAAACACUGAAGAGUGGCUGUCGUUGGUGGUCUGUAUGGUCAGUGUGGAACAGAGGAAGUGUCACGCUGGAAUCACUGACCGAGUAAGACAACAUGGACAUAUUCGGCGGUGCUCCUCGCGUGCUGGGCUACUUGCGUCCCGUGGUGGCGCAGUGUGGCGAUGACGCCGUCCUGCAAUGCAAGAUCGGAGGAGACCCCCGGCCCGAGGUGAUCUGGGAGAAGAAGAACGUACAGAUCCUGUCGGAGGGACGCUACAGGCUGUCGGAAGAGGGCAAGGCCUACUUCCUGCACAUCACUGGGGUCAGGCUGGAGGACGCAGGCCAGUACAUCUGCAAGGCCAGUAACAGCGUCGGGGAGACGUGUGCCCCAGCCACUUUGAAGGUGGAGAGUCAGGAACAACAGGGGGCGCAGAAACAGACUACAGUAUUAAAUGGGGUGCAGCAGAUCAGGCUAGUAAAUGGAGAGUCGGCGGGGGCACAGAACGGGGAAAGUAGAAGGCAACAUAGCAGUGAAUCGGGAGGGCAAAAAAAACAGAACGGAGAAAAUGGACUCCUAGAAAAUGGGGAGAAUAGAGGCAAAGAGAACAAAGCGGUGGAACUGCAGAACGGCACGGUAGAACAACAGAAUGGAGCGGUAGAACAACACUACAGAGCAGUAGAACAAAAGACUGGAGCAGUGGACCAACAGAACGCAGCAGCAGAACAAAAGAACAGAGCGAUAGAACAAAAGAACGGGGCUGUGGACCAACAGAACACAGCAGCAGAACGAAAGAACAGAGCAAUAGAACAAAAGAACGGAGCUGUCAGUGCGAGCCAGGUAAAGUCGCAGCCAUAUGAUGAGGAGCCCCUGCUGUCCGACGACAGGCCUCGCUUCCUCAUCAAGCCCCUCUCCCUGAGGGUGGACCGCGGUGAAGACGCAGCCUUUUCCUGCAAGCUAUCCGGGAACCCUCUACCCCAGGUGGAGUGGGAGAAGGACGGGAAGAAGCUGAGCGACAUCUUCGAGAGCGCCCACUUCAACAUCAACAGCCAGGAAGGAGGCUGGUUCCAGCUGAGGCUCUUCCGGACUAGGCUACCCGAUGGGGGCGUGUACACCUGCAGGGCCCAUAACAGCCACGGUUCGGCACUGGCCGGUGCAGUUUUGCUCGUGGAGCCCAUCCCUGAAAGGCAGGAGAGUGGGGUGUCUAACUCUAACGGGCAAAGCGUCAGCCAGGCAUCGCCACGCAGUACGAGGCACAGGACUGUCCGUCACGGUUCGUCAAGACUGCCGGACGAGCCCAGUCUGAACUCGUCCAAGGUGAAGAAGUUUGCGGUGUCUGAGGGGAAGCACGCUAAGUUCCGCUGCUUCGUGACAGGAAAACCCAAGCCCGAGAUCAUCUGGAAGAAAGACGGAGUUCCUCUUGAGGCCGGGAGGCGUCACCUCCUGUUUGAGGACAGAGAAGGUUACUAUACACUCAAGGUGAUGUACUGCAAACAGCAGGACACGGGCCUCUACGUGUGUGCUGCUUCCAACGCCCUGGGGCACACCCUCAGUGCCGUUCACCUGACUGUCAAAGACCCGGCGGUGCGUUUCAAGCGUUCGCUGCAGGACGUGGAGGUGAGAGAGGGGGCCACGGCUGUGUUAGAGUGCGAAGUACCCAACGACGGCAUCCCCGCUGCCUGGUACCUGGAGGACCAGAGACUGCAGCCGGGUGGGAAGUACGGCAUGGAGCAGAAAGGCACGAGACGUAGGCUCACCAUCGCAGGCGUAGGAGCGGACGACGACGGAGUCUACCUAUGUGAGAUGCCAGACGGAGGGAAGAGUAUCGCGGAGCUGGCCGUCAAAGGCACAAUUGUUAAAAAACUUCCUCGCAAAGUGGACGUGUUGGAAGGGGAGAACGCAGCAUUCUGUGUGGAGGUGGAGGAGGACGACAUGGACGUCCACUGGUUCAAAGACGGUCUGAAGCUACACGAGAGCCACCAGACCAUCCUCAAGUCAUUCGGUAAAACCCACGUCCUGGUCUUUGUCAGCGUCUCCCACGUGGACACCGGGGUCGUGACCUUCGUCGUGGGAAGAUCCAAGACCUCUUCACGGCUCAGGGUCAAAGCUGCCAGACACUGUCCUCCCGCCUGUCCGGUGGGAGUGAAGAUGGACCUGGACGGGCCCAGCAGUGUGCUCCUCUCCUGGGAACCGACCCCUGCCAGCCAGACCACCACACGCUCCGUCUAUGUCCUGGAGAGACAGGAGGUGGGCUCCCAGGAGUGGUUGAGGUGUCAGACGUCCGACGCGGCCACCUCCACAGAGGUGACGGGCGAUAGCGUGCCCUGCGAGGGGAAUUAUCGAUUCCGCGUCUGUUGCGUCAAUAAGUACGGCCGUAGUGGACACGUGGAGUUCCCUAAAGCCGUUCAUCUUGUACCGGGCCCCAAGAUCAGGGCACCUCUCCAAAGCUGCGAGGUGACAGAAGGGGAGGACGCCCUGUUCACCAUCGAUCUGUCAGUGAUGGUAACGGGCACCUGGUUCCUGAACAGUACCCAGCUCCAGGACAGCCAAAGCUAUUCUAUCCAACAGGCCAAGACACAGCACUCCCUGGUCAUCCACAGUGCCAGGAUGGAAGACAAUGAAGCAGAAGUCACCUUUAUUGCCAACGGAGUCAGAGACUCUGCAGUUCUCAAGGUUCAGACUGCAGAGGUGAAGUUCAGCCCCUUGUCAGAGUCAGACUGUCAUAAAAGGGUGGAGACUGGUGACCCCGUGGUGCUGUACUGCGAGGUGUCCCGCCCCUCAGCCACGGUAGCCUGGUUUAAGGAUGGGGUGAAGCUGCAGGUGACGGAGGGCCUCAACAUCCAAUCAGAGGGCAACAUGAGGAGGAUUGUUAUCCAAUCUGCUGAGGUCACUGACUCAGGCGUGUACACAUGCGAGACGACAAGUGAUGCCAUCAAAUUCAAUGUGAAGGUUGAAGGUCCCCCUGUGCAAUUCAGUGACAUCCCUGAGGAGGAGCUUCAGAAGUCUGCCACAGAGCUGGAUCCUGUGGUGCUCACCUGUAAAGUCUCCAGAGAGGAUGCCAACACUACCUGGUAUAAAGACGGGCUAGAGGUCCAGGCCAGCGACAACAUCACAAUCCAGGCAGAGGGCACCCUGAGGAGACUGAUCAUCCGCUGUGCUGAGACCACAGACGCAGGAACCUAUAGAUGUCAAUCUGGAGACAAUGGCCUCUCAUUCACUGUUAACAUCAAAGAACCUCCGGUAAUGAUCGUGGAACCCAAGGAGGAUGUGGUCAUUGAAGCUCCCGUCUCCGAGCAGGUGGUCCUGCAGUGUGAGCUGUCCCGCUCCGCCGGUGAAGUCCACUGGUUUAAGGACGGCCUGGAGGUCCUGGAAACGGACAACGUUCAACUGACAACUGAAGGACCAUACAGAAGGCUGACCGUCCUCCACGGGUCACCAGAAGAUUCCGGAGAGUAUGUCUGCGACACCAACGGGGACUCUGUGUUUUUCCAGCUCACCGUAACAGAGCCUCCGGUGCGGAUCGUCUCCCCCACCGAGUCUGAGCUAGAGCUGACCAGUCUGGCCUCUGAGAGGCUGGAGCUCAGCUGUAAUGUCUCCCACCCUGACGCCCGGGUACGGUGGUACCGAGACGGACUGGAGGUGGAGGAGAGUGCCUCUCUCACCCUGGAGGUCCAAGGAGGCCGCAGGACACUGGUCAUACCCAUGACCACCGUGAAUGACACGGGAGAGUAUGUAUGUGACACAGAGGACGACUCUGUCACGUGGCUGGUCACCAUUACAGAACCUCCUGUGAAGUUUGCCCGGCCCAAGAACAUGUCUGACAAAAUUGACCAUAUUUCUGGAGAGCCAAUUGUCCUGGAGAUUGAAGUGUCUCGGACCAGCGCGGAGGUGAUCUGGAUGAAGGAUGGACGGAAGAUAGAGGAGAGCAGCGAUGUCUCCGUCGUUGUGGAUGGACUCAUCUGCCGCCUCACCAUCCAAAGGGCUACUCCAGAAGAUUCUGGGAAAUACACAUGUCUUGGCUCAGAUGAUAUCAUCCACUUCCAGGUCAAGGUGUCAGAACCACCAGUGAGCAUAGUGAAUAGAUCAGAGGUGAAGACGGAGGUCAAGUCUCUGCUCUGUGAUGACAUCGAGUUGGAGUGUGAACUCUCCAGGGCUAACGUCGUCGCUAAAUGGUACAAGGAUGGCCACCGAUUCGAUGGGGACGAGCGGUUCUGUGAAGAAGAAGAAGGCAAUUUCCGCUCCCUGGUGAUCCUCAACGCAGAGCUGGAAGAUUCCGGAGACUAUUUUCUGGAUGUCGGAGAUGACAACAUUACUUUCCAUGUCACUGUGCAAGAGCCUCCGGUGACCAUCCUGGGGAACUCGGAGAACCCAGGCUACCAGGAGAUGGUUGCGGGAGAUGACCUGAUCGUAGCCUGUGAGGUAUCGAGGGCCAACGCCCCUGUCCAGUGGUACUGUAACGACAGACCGUUGACAAGUGAUGACCGGACCUACAUUGAGAGCUAUGGCACUCUAAGGAAACUAAUCCUUUCUGACGUUCAGCCGUCCGACUCUGGGAAGUACACGUGUGACGCCAUCGGUGACAAGUUGGUCACCAUGGUGAAGAUACAAGACUCCCCUGUCACCUUUGUAAACAAACAGGAAGUGAACCUUGUCACGGGUUACGAGGCAGAGAGCGUGACACUGACAGGGGUCGUGUCGAAGGAGAACGCUGCCGUUCGCUGGCUCAAGGACUGGGAGCCUGUCAUCGGGGACCGCUUCCACGUGGGCGUUGACGGCGCCACACGUUUCCUUACCAUUGACCCUCUGAGACGGUCAGACAGUGGAGAAUACACAGUGGACGCCAACACAGACGAGAUGCACUUCAGUCUGCUGGUCAAAGGGAUGAGAGUGAAGUUUGCCAAGUCGCUCCACGACACCUUAGCCCACGCGGACGGCAUGGUGACCAUGCGCUGCGAGGUUUGCAAGCCCAAGGCGGACGUACAGUGGCUGAAGGAUGGCGUGGAGAUUGUGCCCAGCCGAAGAUUCACUAUCCGCGCCGACGGCGUGGAGCGAAGCCUGACCAUCCACAGGCUAGUCAGGGAAGACGCGGGGGAGUACGCUUGUGAGUCCAAGGACGACCGCACCGCCGCCAGGCUCAGAGUGGAGAUGCCCCGUGUGGUGGAGUUUCUGACGGAUCUCCACAACACCAUGGUGCUGGAGGGAGAGGACGCCAUCUUUAAGUGCGUGCUGUCACCGGAGGACGUGCAGCUGAAGUGGAUGAUGGACGGCGAGCCCAUUGUCAUGGGCGACCGUUUCCAGUCGACACAGAACGGCCUGUGUCACAGUCUGGUGAUCAAGAGCUGUCAGAUACUGGACUCCUCCAAAAUAACCGCUGAGGCAGAGGGGAACGUGUCCAAGGCUACCCUCAAAGUGCAGGAGGCUCAGGUGACCUUCACCAAGAAAACGGAGGCGGUGAUGGCCGAUGAGUACGGAGACGCGACAUUGGAAACUGAGGUCAGUCUGGAGACGGCUGAGGUCCAAUGGAUGAGGCAGGGCGUUGUCAUCCAGCCUGGACCGCGACACAUCCUGAGCCUGAAUGGUCGGAAACGCACACUGACCAUUUGUAACCUCACCCUCUCUGACCGAGGAACGUACCGCUGUGAAACUCUGCACGACCGCACGCAGGUCAAACUCAACGUGGAGCCCCGUAAAAUUACCAUCCGCAAGGGUCUGGUUGACAUGGAGACCUUUGAGCGGGAGACGGCCUCGUUCGAGGUGGAGCUGUCUCACGCUGACGUGGAGGGCAUCUGGCAAAAAGACGGAAUCCGGAUCAAACCUAACAACAACUGGCGGGUGAGCAGCAAUGGGCUGGUCCAUGGCCUCACGCUGUCCAACCUCACCCUGGAGGACACAGGCACCAUCGCCUUCUCUGCAGAGGGCCUCCGGACCUCCGCAAGGCUCAUUGUUAAAGAGACCCCAGUGUCAAUUGUGAAGAAGUUGGCAGACCUGAGGCUUGAGAAGGACUCUCCAGCCACACUGGAGUGUGAGCUGUCCAGACAAAAUGUGGAGGUCAACUGGCUUAAGAAUGGGACGGACCUGAAGCCAGGGAAGACCCAUCACCGCAUCUACUCCAUGGGGAGAAAGCGUUUCUGCCAAAUCCUGCAGUGUGCUCUCUCUGAUUCAGGCACCUACACCUGCGAUGCAGGAGACACCAGCACGUCCUGUAAACUGGAGGUCUAUGAGCCUGAGCUGCUGGUGCUUCAUGGGCUGGAGGACCUGUAUGUCCUAGAGGACCAGAAUGCGGUCUUCAUGUGCGAGGUGUCCAUGGAGGACGUGGCCGGAGAGUGGUACAAGGACGGACACAAAAUACGGCCCAGCAGCACCAUCAAGAUACGCACCGAGGGGACCAAACACUUCCUCCUUAUGUGCAGCGUAAAAGCGGAGGACUCAGGGGAGAUCCGUUUUGUGGCCAGACAGACAGAGUCGACUGCCUACCUAGAGGUGGAAGAGGCACCCGUGUCUAUUGUGAAGCCCCUGAGAGAUCGCACGGCUCUGGAGAAGCACCGCGUGGUUCUGGACUGCACCGUGUCCACACCGCGCUGUGAGGUCACAUGGUACCGGGGCGAGACUGAGCUGGUAUCCUCAGAAAGGCUACAGAUCCACAGUGACGGUUGUUAUCAUAAACUGACCAUACACGAGGCCACUGUAGAGGACGAGGGCAGCUACACCAUAGAGGUUGACCAGCACAGGUCCACAGCCAGACUCUUGGUUGAAGCUCAGUCCCUGGUGAUAGAGGAAGAACUGGAGGAUGUGGAGGUGACAGCACCAGACCAGGCCUGUUUCCAGUGUAAAGUGUCCGUGGCCAUCAACAGGCCACCACUGUGGACUCUGAAUGGGGAGACUCUAACAUCAAGCCCUGAGGUGCGCCUGGAGAACCAUGGGACAGUCAACAAACUGACACUGAAAAAGACCAGACCAGACAUGAGCGGGACAGUCACCUUUGCUAUGGGCAAGGCCAAAAGCAGCGCCAAGCUUAAAGUGAUGUGACAACAGAGAGAUGGGUAGCUUUGACUCUCAUACAGUGCAGCAUCGAAAGUCUGUGAAUGUUUAGAAAUGUUUAGAAGGUAUUGUAAAUGACAACGGAAUGUCUGAUCAAGAAAAGGGCUAAAGUGAUGUGUUACGCACAAAACAACAGUUUUAGGAUCAAAUGUGCUGUUUAACUCAGAAUGAUUGUGGCGGUGACUUAAGCUUAUCUUAAAUCAGUCAUAAAGGGCAGAAAGUAACUUCAGAGAGAAAGUUAAAGGUGAAGUUAGUGCAACAUUUGGAUGUUUGGGGGCACUAGGGUGUUUAGUAUAAAGCAGCGUAUGUCCUGGUGUGAGUUGUCAAAAAAGUGAGCAGAACCUUGUAGUUCACAAACCCAGCCCUUAUUAUCCCCACCAAAUUGAAAUCCAGAACCCUGAUAGAAUCUGUAGGCUGAUACAUGUUUUCAUGUUCAUUUUAAAUUAUUUGGUUUAUUCCAUUCCGUGGCCUACAGCCUACAGAUUCUAGUUUUACAAUAAGAUGAGGCAAUAACACAAUUGGCUGUGCACAUUUACAGUUUUAACGCAGUCCCACCCCCGACAAAACACUAUGCCGGUUUCAGCUAGUGUAUAUCUGCCAAAAUGUAACCUUAUAAAUGAUGUAUGAUGCAUGGGUGUGGAUGAAUGGGUAUGGGUACAAACAGACUAUACACAUCUGUUACACGUAUUUAUUUGGAAAAUAUAUUGAUUGGAAAAUAGCAAUUUUUUGUACAAUAAAAAUAAUUGCUCACUUGAUAAAUAAACUUUUCUAUGGAUUUUGAUAUAUUUUGAACAUUUAACAGACAUCCAUAGUUUGAAUGAAGGGUUAUUUCAUCGGUCAGCCUCUUAGGGCUUUGCGCAUGUAUUUUACACAGCAAAAAAAAAA